AUAAAAGCAAUCCAAAUCGAUAUCGGAAACUAUUUACAAUUGGUGCUGAACAACAGUUACAACCAUAAAUAUGCUUACAAAAGUCAUUAUCUUGUGCACUGCAUUGACAAUUGCUUGUGCUUCUUUAAUCGGGUCAUCAAGUUUUGGAUCACCUAAUAUUGCACCAGGAAUCUAUGGUAUCGCUGGAAGAGGAAGAGUUUCCCCUUCUGUUCCAGUUGUAUAUGCUGGUAAUGGAAUCUACGGCAAUAGACGAAUCGAUGGAUAUGGAAUUGGCGCCUCAGUUCUUUCAGAUCCCGUCGGAUAUCUAGGUCACCCAGCCAUUAACAGCAGAAGUAGCUAUGGCUAUGGAAAUGGUGCCCUUAUUGCUGCAGGCCCUGUCGGAUAUUCUGGACAAGGAGCUAUCGGAGGUAGUGGAACCCGAGGUUAUGGAAUUGGCAUUGAAAGCACCUUCGGUGCUCCAAAUGGUAUCAUAAAAGGAGCUUCUUCCAUUGAGAAAAUCUAUUAGUAAUUAGUUUGUU